AUUAAGGGAACCGAUGCCGACAAUGACAUCAUCGAGUUUGGUGUUCGCGGAGAUAUAGUCGGCAAUCGUUUAGCGGCGGACGUCUAUCUAAAAAUGCCGCUAACAAAACCGGAAUAUAGGAUAACAAUUUACGCUUCCGAUGGUAAACAUGACACUGAAGUCGAGUCCACAAUCAUUGUCACCGAAAGCAUUCCCAUCACUGAAUCGCCAUUUCUUUUAUCAGACAAUAUAAUCAAAAUAUCUGAGAGCACAAAUACAAACCAAACAAUUGCCACAAUAAGUGUGAGGGAGAAGGAGAAUAGCAAUCUUCCCGUCAAUUUUGAAUUAAGGGGUUCCGACAAGUUUUCCAUUAAGUACAUCUUUGGUCCGGGAGUCGAUUACGAGCGACAAAAUCUGUAUAUUUUGUCAAUCGUCGCUUUGAAUUGCUGGACAAACGAAACACACGACACGCGAAACAUUGCAAUCACUGAUAAAGUGGUGGUAAUCACUGAUAUUCAAGACACUGCGCCCGUGUUUAUUGACUUACCAAAUGUGGUGAAAAUAUCGGAAAAUACUAAAGUUGGAAGUGUUGUGUUAAGUGUGAGUGCAGUGGACGGCGAUUAUGGCAAUCAACGCAACAUUACAUAUUAUAUCGACCCGAAGUCAUCUCUGCGAUCCUUCUUCGGAAUCGAUGAGACGAGUGGGUCGGUUGUGUUGCGGCGACCCAUCGAUGACAUUAAACAAGAAAUCGGAACCAAAGAACCUAUGAUUCUA